AUGCCAAAUGAACAGGGCCUGCAUGAGGGUUUUCAGUAUUCAGACGCGGGUCCGGGAGCAGGCGGCCUGAUAAGUUCAUUCGAGAUUCGGCAUCUGUGGAUGACUUCGUGUCCACAUAUCAAUGUAUCUUGGGAUGGUCUGGUAGCGAUUGUGGCUAAUGCAAUAAAGACCUUUGUUCUCAGCAUGCCGUUGGAUCAGACGACAUCGAUAGCCGAUCUUUGGGGCGCUUUUGCAGUUAACGUUAACCUGAGUGCUUCUGGGGGAAUAGGACGAUCAACAAGGCAGUCGUCUUUCCUGUGGAUACCACUGGUUGGUGCAAGGUCUGUUGGUUAUAUUCGAGGAGGUGGGUAA